AUGGCAUCAGCAAAAUCUGACCCCGAAAAUCCCACAAGACAAGAGAUCGUGCGCCUCAAGCGCGAGUUGGUGAACGAUGACUUUCAAGGCCACUCGUGCGAGCAGUGCGAGCAUAUUUCGACUUUGCUCGCAAACCCUCCUUUCAAUGGUAUGACCUAUCAAUUUGAGGUGGGCCCCAUGUUCCGUCUUGACGCAACACCAGCAAAGAUAUGUGGUCUCGCCGCGUCUGGUUGCAUUUUCUGGAUCAUUAUAAGGAACAGGCUAGCGAGCAUCGCUCGUGAUGACGAGGCCCACGCGGCUCAAGGCUUGGAGAAGCAUAAAAGAAGGUGGACAGAGGAACAACACAGAAUACUCGCCGCCUCUUCGGUAGAAGAUGAGGUGGAUGCAUAUGUACACCUUGAAUCGCUCCUUGAUUGGGAAAAGGUGCAUAAAUCCCCAGGAAUUGGUUUGCAUGGCAUACCAAUAGGUCAUGUUGGGGUUAUUGUUCAAACUAAUGCAGGCUUUCCAAAACCAGACCGAGUCGUAGUGAGGGUGUUGGUACCUCAAAGAUCAAUUGAUACGGAUCGGGAAGGCCUAGAGCUCGAAUGGGAUGAAACCAGUGCUGACUUUUGGAUGUUAUCACCUCCAAACUAUGGAGAGAUGUCUUGGAUGCGCCCACGGCAUGCACCGAUCAACUUGAAUCCAGGCAGUUCUACCUCGAUGGAACUAUAUCGCCAUUGGUUGAAAUGGUGCGAAUUUGACCAUACAUGUGGGAUCAGAGAUCCACCAGAGUCGAUGCCAUCCUUGAUCCUCGAUGUAGCCGAAAGCGGUGGGGUCAAAUUAAUUCAAGUCCCUGCGACCAUGAAAGAGCCAUACGUCGCUUUAUCAUAUUGCUGGGGCUUUGACAGGCAGAAAACCAUGCUAACACAGAUUAACCGAUCCAAUCUUCUUGCAGGCAUCGACCUGGAGGCACUGGAUCUUACCAUUAGUGAUAGUAUCAUGGUCACGCGGGAGCUUGGAUUUCGCUAUCUCUGGAUCGACGCCCUCUGCAUUGUGCAAGAUGAUGAGGAGUUCAAGGCUCGGGAACUGGAGAAGAUGGGCGAUAUAUAUCAGAACGCAGCAUUGACAAUUAUAGCAUCGGGGGCCAAAGAUGUAACGGAAGGUUUUCUCCAUCGACGCACUUCAAAUCUGGAUCGGUUCAGUGUUUUUCCUGGAUAUCCCCAACCGAUUUUCAAGCUUCAUGAGAAGGGCGCUCAAACUCCAGUCGUGCUCGUACCAAAAAAAGAUGAUGACGAGGAACCCUGGUACCAAAGGGCAUGGACAUUGCAAGAAAUGCUCUUCUCAAAACGACGCUUACAAUUUGGGCUCCAUCAGACAACUUGGCUCUGUCAUUGUUGCCUGGGCAAAACGAAGGAAUGCGAUGGCUGGUCUGAAGACUGGCAUUUUAAACCCUCUGCGUAUAUGUGGUUCUAUCUUCCAUCGGGGACAGAAGCUGAGCUUAACGAGGAGAUGGUACUUGCGUCCUGGAUUUUUCUCAUAUGCCGAUAUUCCAGUCGCCAAUUACGCUACCGCAGAGAUCGACUGCCUGCUAUAUCUGCAAUAGCCAGAGAAGCCUCAUCCAUCUUGGGGGAUUAUAGUUGUGGUUUAUGGACAUCUCAUCUACCAAUGUGUCUAGCCUGGUUUCGAGAACCAGGCAACGUCUCUGAUUUGAAAGGAGAUCCGUCAUGGAGUUGGGCAUCUCAUGAAGGUGUAGCUGGAUGGAUCUUUGAAGUUAAUGAGGACACAAGCCCAAAUCAAGAUUUUAUGUUGCUCAGUCACAAUGUUGACCUGGUAACUCCCAGAGACCCGUUUGGCGAGGUCAGGAGGGCAGAACUUCAUGUCCGCGGGCUUCUAUUACCGACCCGGGGAGUCAUAAUAAACGAAUCUGGAAGUCAAUUGGUAAAAUUGGCAGAUCAAAUGGUCUACGUUAAUUUUGUUUUCGAUUACCGAGAUAUGCCAAGAGAGCAGCCUGGUACUCGAUAUGCGCUCAGCUUACUGGUACUUCUCCAACGGAACAAGUUGGGGAGUACUGCGGGCAUUGUAGUGCUGGAAGAAGCCGGGAAUAGGUAUUCUCGCAUUGGAUUGUUUCAAAUCGAUAAUAUACGGCCAAGCACUUCAAUCAAUGAGGAAGACGAGAGUGAUAUGGCAGAAGAUAAGAGUAUUGUGGAGGAAGGUGGGCUGGGUCAUCGGCUGCGACAGCUCGGCGGAGGGGAAAAGGCUAUUCGCGAGUUUGUAUUGAUUUGA